AUGGACACAUCGACCAACCAGACAUUCAUCGUGAACCUCGGAUCGCGAGGCUUCAUCCAAGGCCGUACGAUGAGGACCGAGGCCACAGACGAGGUUUCGUGCCACUAUGUCGGGGGCAUUCCAUAUGCGCUUCCGCCUAUCGGGCAGUAUCGCUGGCAACUACCUCGACCGCUUCCUGAGAACUACACUUAUGGAUCUCUAGAGAAGCCAGGCCACUAUACUGGCACAACGAGCAUCUGCCCUCAGAAGCCGCCCUUCGAGGACGUCGACCAUUCUAUGGUUAGCGAGGACUGUCUGCAGGCGAAUAUCUGGGUCCCUGCGGCUAUUGCACCCAGAGCUGGAUGGCCAGUGUACUUCUAUAUUCAUGGGGGUUCUCUCCAAUUUGGAAGCCCUAAUCACCUUAAUUACACCGACAUGCUUCGCGAAACCAACUUCCAAGCCAUCAUAGUUGCCCCAGCCUACCGACUCAACGUCUUUGGCUUCUUGGCAUCUAAAGAGUUCCUCGCAGAGAGCAAGGAAAAUGGCCCCAACCGCGGUGAGGGGCCAGAGGACGAGAACGCCGUCGGCAACUUUGGAUUAUGGGACCAGCGAGCCGCCUUGGAAUGGACACACCACAUGAUCGGCCAUUUUGGCGGCAAUCCUCACAACAUCACGGCCGCCGGCUACUCGGCCGGCGCCCAUUCCGUCUUCUACCAACUAGCCUACGAUCUCUGGCUCCCGCCUUCCCGCGCCCUUAUCUCGCGUGCAAUCAUGCACUCAAAUUCCUGCGGCAUGCAGCCCAAAUCGCUGCACGAGGCCCAACAGCACUUUGACGAGCUGCUCCUCCAAAUAGGCAUACCCUCAUCUCUAUCCACCUCUCAGAAGCUCGCGGCCCUGCGCAACACCCCGGCCGCUGAUCUUGUCGCGGCAAACUUGCGCAUGAUGUUCCACGAGAUGCGCUCGGUAAGUGACGGAAUCUUCGUCCGCAAGACCCUGAUGCGCGACCUCAUAUCCGGCGAGUUCGCGCGGCGCAUGCUCACACGUGACAUCCAUAUCAUUCUCGGUGAGUGCCGCGACGAACAAAAUUUGUACGCACACCUGCGCCCUCCCGCGGAGAACUCGCUGGACGGGCUACGCACGCGCAUGUUGGCAGAGUACCCCGCGGUCGCGGUGCACCGGCUGCUGGACGAGUACUACUUUCCUGCGGGCAGGGACCGACCAGCGGACUGGAAAGGUUGGAGCUGGAAUAAGGAGAUUUACGGCGCGAUCUUUGCGGAUCUACAAGUAUACAUGCUCACCCGGGCGUUCAUGUACUGUCUUGAAACGGGCGGCGCAGGACACCUGGUGCACCGGUACCGCGUUGAGUGGCGUGCGAAGGAGACGGACGUGAAGACGCCCGUAGAAUGGGGCGUGACGCAUGGGACGGAUAACUCCAUCUGGGUAUACGGCGAGGGUCGGGGCCUGAAUCCUGCGGAGCAGAGGGUGGUCAAGUCUGCGUUCCUGGACGCAUAUGCUGAGUUUGUGGCAGGCAAGGACAUUGUGGCGAGAUGGGGUGCUACGGGGCAAAUCAUUUGGAGCACCGGAGACACAAUUCUCGACAUGGCCAUCGCCUACCUCGACCGGAUCUCCCUCCACGGAAAAUCCUACAAGUUGCCCACGCGACCAACAGUUGUCGUCUGCAUCGACGGUUUCACUCCAGCAUAUCUGAAUCAGGGAAUUAAGGAUGGCAUCCUGCUGACAUUGGCCGAGUUUGCGAAGACAGGCUUCUACCACACCGCCAAAGUUGCCAUGCCCAGCUUCACCAACCCGAACAACGUCUCCAUCAUCACCGGCCAGCCAACGGCCGUCCACGGCAUAAGCGGCAACUACUUUCUUGAUACUGCCACAGGGACCGAGGCCAUGAUUGUCGAUGACGGCCUGCUACGUGGCUCCACCAUCCUUGCCGAGAUGGCAGCCGCCGACGUGCGUGUCGCAGCCAUCACCGCCAAGGACAAGCUCCGCCGUAUCCUGCAGCACGGCCUGCCACUCGGGAACGAGAAGUCCCGCGGUUGCAUCUCCUUCUCUGCAGAGGAGGCCCCUGAGGAAAUAUUAUCGCAGCUCCCCGCAUAUGAAUCUCGACCCAGCUACAAGGCCGACCUUUUCUGCCUAACGCUCUCUGACUUCAUACAGCAUAAGUACGCCCCAGGGUCUACUGAGGCCAAUAAAUUCAUGGCGGCCAUAGACUCACGCAUUGGGCAAUUAGUCGAGCUGGGCGCUGUCGUGGCCGUCACAGGCGACCAUGGCAUGAGCGAUAAGUGCAGCAAAGGGGGCAAUCCCAAUAUUGUGUUCGUCCAGGACGAGCUGGAGGCCAAGUUUGGGGUGGGUUGCGCGCGGGUCAUCUGUCCUAUCACUGAUCCUUUUGUACGCCAUCACGGCGCGCUCGGUGGUUUCGUCAGGGUGUAUUUGCCUGUGUCUAGGAGUACCGAAGCCGCCGAGAUGGUGGCAUACUGCCGGACACUGGAGCAUGUGGAGGAGGCGCUGUUAAGGGAUGAGGCGGUGAGCAAGUACGAAAAGCCUGCAGAUCGGGAGGGCGACUUCACGGUUGUGUCGAGGAAGAACGCUGUGGUGGGGUCCAAGGCUACGGAGCACGAUCUUGGUAGCAUCAGUGAUCACAGAUUGCGCUCGCAUCGUGGUCUGUCUGAGCAGGCCGUGCCGCUUUUGAUGUCAAGACCUGUUGAGGGGCCGAUUGAGUCGUUGCAGGGUAAGGUGUGGAGGAACUUCGAUAUCUUUGACCUGCUCCUGAACUACGGGCAGUGA